AUGGACGACUCUGCCCCCGUGGUUGCAGGUAUCCUCGGCUAUCCUGAUACCGCUAGCUUCUUCCGUCUCAUCUCUACCGAUUGCCCUGAUACCCGUCAGAUCAUCAUCGACCUUUUUCGUGACCGCGAUAACAAGUUUGGCUUUGCGGAUUCUGCCGAAGUCCCCCCCGGUCUUCGCUCCAUCCGCAACUCUAUGGUUAUCAUCGCUUUUAACCAUUCCGCCAAGUACUCCGCCGCCCUCCUUGCAGAGUCCGCCUGCCUCUCUACUCCCCAUUUUGAACCUGGCGAUGUCUUUGAUCUUCGUACGCUUUGGUACGUUCGCCGGCUUCUCCUAUCCCGUGCGCAAGACCUUGGCCGACAGAGCCAAGUAUUGACAACCCCUUUCAAUUUCGAGGCCAAAGAGACCCUCAUUUGCUGGAAGAUCCUGGUCUACUUUGCUCGACGAAUGGCCAAGGCGAAGAGUAUCGACGCGUAUCUCUCGAGUACACCCCAUGUGCGUGUCGCUCUAAAGCCUGAACUUACCACAUCCCGUUCCCUCGCCCCCGGUUCUAUCUCUCUCCUUAGCCCUGGGCAUGGUACGUCGGCCGAGUCUCACGAUGAUAUCCAAGCCCCUCCAGGACGUUCUUAA